UCCUCCUCCCGACAGAGGCGCAGUGCUGGAAAGUGGUGGCAGCAACAGCAGCAGCAGCAGCAGCGCCGACGCCGUUGCCCUCCCCCCGCCCGCUCGCCCGCUCGCCCGUUCUCCUCCUCCUUCUCCUCCUCCCCCCGAGCCCGGCCCAGCCUAGCCCAGCCCGGCCCCCGGCAGAGGCGCUCAAGAGAGCCGCUCAAGUUGGACGGAGCGACACCCGCAGCCAGCCGCCGCCGGGCGCAACACAGCCGUCCUGCUCCGGAGAGCUCGCUGCGCCUUCGCUUGGGCUUUGGAGACGCGUCUGCUUUUUGCUCAGUUCCUCCGGGCCGGUUUUUUUCCCGCCCUCCUCUUCCUCUUGCUGCUCUGCUUCUCCUCCCCCACCCCCGUUUGAGUCAAACAAACAAACAACAAACAACAACAACCACCCUGCAGUCGUUAUUUAUAUUCCCCCCUCCCCGUUUUUUGGUGCAAAACAAGCAGGAACCCCUUUCCUCGUUAUUUGAGAGUUUCUGUGAAGUUUUUUGGGUUUUUUUUGGCGCAAGCCCGCCAGAGUUUGCAGCAGCAGCAGCAGCAGCAGGAAAAUUGGGAAGAGUCGCUUUGGGGACGGGAGUUUCUUUGAGGUUCUUUUUGCCCCCUCCUCGCCUUUGAUACUCCCCCCUUUUUUGCAUUCUUUUAUAAGUGGGGAGGAGCUGCUUUUAUAUCUCUCCCUCCCCUCCCCCCUCCCCAAUCUCUCUAAAAGCCACAAAUUGCCCAGAGCCGGGGCGCAUUCGUUCCCCGGCGCGCCGCUCCGACGACUCUCUCUUUCUCUCUCUCCUUCUUCCCCCGCCAGCCCGGUGCGCGGCUCGGCGGCUGCCUCCCGCGGGGCGCCCCCCACACUCUCCUCAGAGGAAGCAGCGCCACCGGGCAAGAUGCUUUUCCAGGGCUUCGACCUGCUCUCGGCGCUGGCCACCGUCGUCGCCUGCCUCGUCUCGGUCACGCUCCUCCUGGCCGUCACGCAGCAGUUGUGGCAGCUCCGCUGGGCCGCCACGCGCGACAAGAGCUGCAAGCUGCCCAUCCCCAAGGGCUCUAUGGGCUUCCCGCUCGUCGGAGAGACCUUCCACUGGCUCCUGCAGGGCUCCUACUUCCAGUCGUCGCGGAGGGAGAAAUAUGGGAACGUCUUCAAGACCCACUUGCUGGGCCGCCCCCUGGUCCGGGUGACGGGUGCCGACAACGUCCGCAAGAUCCUGAUGGGCGAGCACAGCCUGGUCAGCACCGAGUGGCCACGCAGCACACGGAUGUUGCUGGGGCCCAACACCGUCGCUAACUCCAUCGGGGACAUCCACCGGCACAAGAGGAAGGUGUUCUCCAAAAUCUUCAGCCACGAAGCCCUGGAGAGCUACCUUCCCAAGAUCCAGCUGGUGAUCCAGGACACCUUGAGGGCAUGGAGCAGCAACCCGGAUCCCAUCAACGUCUACUACGAAGCCCAGCAGCUCACCUUCCGCAUGGCCAUCCGGGUCUUGCUGGGCUUCCGGAUCCCGGAGGAAGACCUCAGCCAGCUCUUUGAGGUCUACCAGCAGUUCAUGGAGAACGUCUUCUCCUUGCCUGUGGACCUGCCUUUUAGCGGCUACCGGAAGGGAAUCCGUGCUCGAGAGCUGUUGCAGAAGAGCUUGGAGAAAGCCAUCCGGGAAAAGCUGCAGAACACGCAGGGCAAGGACUACUCCGACGCCCUGGACCUCCUGAUUGAAAGCGGCAAGGAACACGGCAAGGAGCUCACCAUGCAGGAACUGAAGGACGGCACCCUUGAGCUGAUCUUUGCUGCCUACGCCACUACGGCCAGCGCCAGCACCUCCCUGAUCAUGCAGCUCCUGAAGCACCCCAAGGUGCUGGAGAAGCUCCGGGAGGAGCUGAGGAGCAAAGGCAUUCUCCACAACGGGUGCCUCUGCGAGGGCUCCCUCCAGAUGGACACCAUCAGCAGCCUCUUCUACCUGGACUGCGUCAUCAAGGAGGUCCUGCGGCUCUUCACCCCCAUCUCCGGAGGGUACCGGACGGUGCUGCAGACCUUCGAGCUGGACGGCUUCCAAAUCCCCAAAGGCUGGAGUGUCAUGUACAGCAUCCGGGACACUCACGACACGGCUCCCGUCUUCAAGGAUGUGGACGUGUUUGACCCCGACCGCUUUGCCCAGGGCCGCACAGAAGACAAAGACGGCAGGUUCCACUACCUCCCUUUUGGCGGUGGCGUAAGGACCUGUCUGGGCAAGCACCUGGCCAAGCUGUUCCUCAAGGCGCUGGCCAUCGAGCUGGCCAGCACCAGCCGCUUUGAGUUGGCCACCAGGACUUUCCCCCGCAUCACGCUGGUGCCCGUCGUCCACCCGGUGGACGGGCUCAAGGUCAAGUUUUUCGGACUCGACUCGAACCAGAACGAAAUCUUGACAGAGACAGAAGCCAUGCUGGGUGCCACUGUGUAAACCGGACCCUCGGUUUGCUUUCUCUUGGUUGGGGAGGUUGAGGGCCCCCAGAAUGGAGGAAUGGAAAGGAAAAAGCCCAGCCUCCCAUGGACGAUGGAGACCUCUCACCUGCCACCUCUUGGGCAAAGCCUUCUCCGAUGAAUAUGCCAAAACGACGGUGGCGCAUUAGUGCGAGGGGUGGGCAGGCGGGGGACAGGUUGCGGAGAACACCUGGAUGGAUUCUGUUUUGUUUUGUUUUGUUUUGUUUUAACACUAAACAGAAGGGGAUUGUCUUGGCUAUAAACAGUAUGUAAAUGUUAAUAUAUGCACAUAUAUAUAUAUAUCUAUAUCUAUAAAUAUAUAAAUAUAAUCCGAAACAGAGGCGUUUUUGUUGCAAGGAGAGGUUCCUCGCUGCUCCUGCUGCUGCUGUCUGCUGCUCUUUCUUGGGGUUAAGGACCCCCUGCUCUUUGCUGCCCCCCCCUGAGGUAUGGGUGUCCUGCCCUUCUGUCAGAAGCCUUACCUGACCGGGGUCGGGGUAGCGAGUGACCUCUGGCAGAUCCUGACCUUCGAAGCAUCAGUGUUAAACUGGUCAGUGACCUGCGACAACAUUUGGGAAAUAUCUUUUUUUUGGUUUUGCUUUCUUUAGAGAGAGUGGCCAUGAGGACCCCCCUCAGUGGGGUCUGGCUAAAGUCAGUAUUGUGUAUUGGUGGGCGGAAUACCUUUUUGCGUUGCUGUACCUACCCUAUGCCUCCAGGAGAUACCAGGAUGCCAGCUUAAACAGGGUCUGGCGUUGAAACUGCUAUGCCAUUCGUAUUCAUGCUUGCAGGGCCUCAACACCA